AUGACAGAAUAUAUUAUGCGCGUCCUGGAGCGUCACCUACCACGGCAUAUAUUCAACAUUAUAGCAUGCGUCUAUUACUACGUUCUCCCUCCUCUGAACCCAAUUCCAUAUUAUCGCUCCUUCAGACGCAACAUGGAUGCAAGGCAAAGAGAUCACAAGAUCAAGAAAAUGCGACAACAGCUACCGGUAGCCACAAAAACGACAUCUGGUAGCGGCACCGGGCCACUUUUCACUCAUAUACCAGCCGAAAUCAGACGUCAGAUUCUCAUUCACGCAUUUGGGGAGCGUACAAUCCAUCUUGACCUUGAUUUUGAGCACCGAGAGUCAGGAACUGGUGAACUCAAAUGGUCCAGUUGCGUUUGCCACAGCAGCAAGCCAGGUCUACCUCACAAACUGCGGUAUGAAGACAACUUCUUUCAGCCACGGGAUAGAAUCCGUACCGCUGAGAAGAGGAACCCGCUCGACUGUCCUGGCAUUCUGGAUGAAUCACUCUCUCAGCCUUGUCCCAGCUCCGAUGAUUGUAAGGUCGGAGCCUCAGGUUGGCUGCUCUCUUGUCGCCAAGCAUAUGCCGACGGUAUUGAGGUUCUUUAUCACACCAACACGAUUCAUAUAGACUCUGAAAUACUAUUAAAAGGUAUUCAAGACCUCUUACCGCCAGAAAAACUGGACUUGAUUUUAUCUCUUGAAAUCACUAUGAACUCUCACGACGCUGAUAUGGAUUCUUUUACGAGAGUUUGUCGAGAUGCCACUCCCAAUUCACCGUCCAUUGCGUUUCCUUCACUUCUUCGGCUACAUAUCAUGAAUCCUAGCAAUGCAUAUGGUGCAUAUUCAAUAGUUCCGUAUUGUAUUGACCGUCUCUUGAAGCGCGCGGUGCUUCCUACAACGUGUGCUGGAGAAAUACCAGUGGAUCAGAAAGUUGCUACUACUGAGGACGCACCAGCGAGACGCGGGUAUUGGUGGCAUGUUCCUGAAGACCUUAUAGAUUUUUCUGAUCAUGGUAAGCUCCUCUCCUAUUCCGAUUCUCCUGUUCAUUUCACUGAUAGAGGGUAA